AUGGUCGAAUCAACCCCCACCCUCAAUUGCGGCAGGAUGCUCGCCGAUACGGUGGCUAUGGGCCCCGAUCAGGAGUCUCAGGCCGCCUGGCUCAAAAAGCGCAAUGUCAAUAUUGACAAACGUAUCAAAUUGACAAGGCUAUCGCACAUGCGCUAUCAGCAUCCUGACCUCGAGACAAUCCAUCAGUUCCUGCUUGACUUCGGACUACAGGUGGCCUUGCGAACGGACACUGAGGUAUGGUAUAAAGGAUACGGGCCAGAUCAGUACGUGUACUAUGCAAAGAAGGGUCCGAAGAAGUUCCUUGGUGGAGCCUUCUGUGCGGCCAGCUGGGAUGAACUUGAAAAAACCUCCAAGCUUCCUGAAGCUGGGCCGAUCGAGCGGCUGCAAGAUGCACCAGGCGGUGGUUUCAUUGUCACAGUGUCAGAUCCAGAAGGAUAUCCAUUGAAUGUUGUUUGGGGACAAGAGCAGGUUCAACCCGACUCGACCUUCUCCACUGACAAGAUCGUCCUCAACUUCCCAAAGGAGAAGCCUCGCAUUCGAGAGUUCAACCGAUUCGAAAUUGGGCCAGCCGCUGUCUACAAGUUGGGCCAUUUUGGACUGUGCACCCAGAAAUUUGAGGAGCAGCUCGAGUUCUACACCUCCUCUUUCAACAUUGUCCCCACAGACUUUGUAUACAUAGAACAAGACGGCCAUCGAAUUCCAGCCACGGUAUUCAUGCAUCUUGAUCUGGGAAAGGAGCCCAUGGAUCACCACUCUUUUUUUCUAUCUGCCAACCCCAAGGGAGCUCAUGUGCACCAUAGCUCGUAUGAAGUCCAUGACUUCGACGCCCAGCAGCUAGGACACCAGUGGCUUACCGGAAAAGGAUAUCGCCCAGCAUGGGGUAUUGGCCGUCAUGUUCUUGGAUCUCAGAUCUUUGAUUACUGGUGGGAUAUCUCAGGGAAUAUGGUUGAACAUUACGCAGACGGUGAUCUAGUUAACGCAGAGACCCCAAUCGGAUAUAUGCCUGCAGGCGAGGACUCAUUGUCUGUGUGGGGCCCCAAGGUUCCUGGUGAGUUCUUAGAAUAA